CGGGCGGGGCGGCGCCGGCGGGCCGGUGUGCUGGACGCCGCCGCCGGACCGCACCGUGCUGGACGCCGCCGUCGGGGGCACCGUGCUGGACGCCGCCGGGUAAGGACCGCGCAGCCGGGGCUUAACGGCAGGGCUUGUCGCCACCGGCAACAGCAGCAGCAGCAGCAGCAGCAGCAGCAUCACUGUCCAUCAUUCUUGGCAUUAUCGCAUCAUCCUUCUCAGCAUCGUGGUUUAGAUUUGUCGUGGAAUCGUCGUGGCGAGAUCGAUUCCAUCAUUUCACGUGCUAUCGCACCAUCUCGUCUUUAGAACUGAUGAUCUUCGUGGCUAGUUUCUGUUAGAUGAUAUCAUGGAUCGACGUUUUAUUCGGAAGGUGAACUAACAUCUUGAGAGAAAAGAGCCAACUGUCCUCAAGAGAUAUUCUUAUAAAAAUGAAGAACAGCCCCAGGCAUAGCUGGUCACAAACUUCUCUAAUCAGACUCUGAUGUGACAAUAGCCAUAUUCGUGGGUAAUUGACUAAACGUUGUCAGAGAAACUGCUUCGAAUCACGUGGUAAAAUGUACUUGUUUUUUUAUCAAGUUUAGAUCCAUCUUUGAAAAGCAGAUGGUAUGAGUUUCAGCACUACCAAAAAAUACAGACCAACUGGAUCAGCGUUGGCAUUUUUUCCUCAAUCCAUAUUUACCAGCGGAUGGCCAUGGACUCCAUUUUUAAAUGGUGUGCGCUUCAAAUAAAGACUGACUACAGCCCUGCUUUUGAUCUGAUGUGUUUCUCAGGUCACGAUUUCUACAAAGAUGUAGAACUGUCUGUUCCUCCAGAAAGCAAAACCCUAAGUUCUGCCUAACAACUUUCCCUCAGCCCCUUCUCUUGGGGCAGGAUGUCCAUAAAUACAGGUGAUUUAUGUAUCGAGCCUGUUCUUUACUUUAAGAGAAGGCUAGAGAAGACCUGACAGUUCUGAAGUGCGGAUGACAGCGCAGUUCAACAGCGGCGUUGGAGACUAGCGGUUUGCUGCGAUAACCGAAGCUUGGAAGAACUUUGGAGAGGCAACAGAGCUCAGUUAUUACAAGGGAGAAUGAAUGGGCGAGUCCCUCUAGCUGAGAAAGCUUUGUCCGAGGGCUUUGCCCGCCUCCGUUACAGGGACACUUCCUUGCUUAUCUGGCAACAACAACAACAGAAGUUGGAAUCCGUCCCUCCUGGAACUUAUCUAAGCAGGAGUCGAAGCAUGUGGUACUCACAGUAUGGGAAUGAGGCCAUAUUAGUUCGGGACAAAAACAAACUUGAAGUCUCUCGGGAUACGGGACAGUCAAAAUUUUGCACUAUUAUGUAAUUCUGCUUCGAUGUACGUGUAAAUGUUAAUUUACAUCCCGGGACCGGGGAUGAGGAAAAAUGAUCCCAAUUUCAUUUAACGGUUAUGUUCACAGUCAUUUAUUUCUCAUUAUUAAUGAGGUGACUGAUUAAGAAUAUGACCAUCAUCUAGUUCCAAAGGUGGAAGAAGAGUUGAAGAGUAAAGCCCAGAAUGCACUUUUAUCCCUUUAGCACCAUCUGGAAUUCUCUAGAAAUAAUACGGUGAGCAUGUUGGUCAGAACUAUAUUUGGAACUAAAAAAUGUGAACUGUCAUUUUUAAUGCACAAUUAAGAGGUGCACAUGUACAAGAAUCCUGCUGCACUGUAGUACAGAAGUGUAGCAGCGGAUGAGCUUCUGAAUAGCUUAAGCAAGAAAGUCCUGUAAAACAAAAAUUCCUGCUGGUUUUUUUUGCAUGAACAAACAUCCCAAAGGGAGUGGAAACAGACAGAAACAGAGAAAUAGAGCAAUUCAGCAGAAUUUAUCUGUUCUUACCUAUGCAUGGCUGUAACGGAAGAAUAGUUUUAUCAGUGUUUGUAUUUGAAAACCUUAACUUACUUGAUCUGUCAUGAGCUUUGGUUGAACUCAGUAUUCCUUAGUUGGUGGUUGACAAAAGACGGCUUGCAUUGGAUUGAACAAAAAUGAUGAGCACUUGUAUCCUACUGUGGUAUUGGCUACUCUAAUUUCCUCCCCCCAAGCUUGUUUACAAGGAUAUUCACUGCAGCAGUAAGGCCGUCCGCUGCAAUUAAUUUUCAAACAGCAAUUCAGUGUUUGCCAUACGGCAUAUCAAAACAGUAGAAUAUAAUCCAUCAUUUGAAAAACUAAAAAAAAUGCUGGCUUUCAAUUAGUUCUAGCAGAAGUGUUUCAACAAAUCGCCCUGCCUGUGAUGUACAUUUCCUCAUCAUUACAGUGUUUUAUGUGUUUUUAGUGGUUACUGCAGACGCACUGAUAGGGGUGGCCUAAACUGGCAGUUUCCACAAUCAGUCAUUUUAAAUGGAUUUGCUGUCUGCUGUAAUUAAAAUCUGCUUGCUUAUGUAAAUGUUGAAAUGUCUUUUGCAGCUGAUUUUUCAUUUCAAAAUAAACUCCCCUUCAGACUCUUC